UGUGACGUCACGCCGCACGCCAGUGCAAAGCCGGAGCCAAACGCGCGGCGCUCAGGUGCCGUGGGGUCUUGGUCGUGGUCACCAUGGUUUCACGCGUGCAACUCCCUCCCGAGAUCCAGCUUGCGCAGCGUCUGGCGGGCAACGAGAAAGUGACCCGGGACCGGGCGGUGAAGAAGCUCCGGAAAUACAUCGUGGCCAGGACUCAGCGGGCCGCAGGUGGUUUCACGCAUGAGGAGCUGCUGAAGGUGUGGAAAGGACUAUUCUACUGCAUGUGGAUGCAGGACAAGCAGCUCCUGCAGGAGGAACUAGGAAGGACCAUUUCCCAGCUUCUCCAUGCCUUUCAGACUACAGAGGCACAGCACCUGUUCCUCCAGACAUUCUGGCAAACCAUGAACCGCGAAUGGAUGGGGAUCGACAGGCUGCGCCUGGACAAGUACUACAUGCUCAUGCGGAUGGUCCUGAAUGAGUCCUUGAAGGCCCUGCAGAUGCGUGGCUGGGAGGAAAGUCAGUGCGAGCAGCUGCUGAAACUGCUGAUGACCGAGAUCCUGCACCCAGAGAGCCAGGCCCCCCAUGGGGUGAAGAGCCACUUCACUGAGAUAUUCCUGGAGGAGCUGGGCAAAGUGGGCGCAAAGGAGCUUACCGCAGACCAGAACCUCAAGUUCAUCGAACCCUUCUGCAGAAUUGCUGCCAGGACCCAGGACCCCCGGGAUUUACAUAACAUAGCUCGUGGGAUCUUUGAGACCAUCGUGGAACAGGCCCCGUUCGCCAUCGAAGAUCUGAUGAAUGAGCUGGGUGAGCAGGAAGAGGGAGAGGAGGAGGAGAUGUCGGAAGAAGGGGACUUGUCGGAGGACGGCGACGUAGAGGAGACGGAGCAGGAGGGUGAACCAGAGAUGCCAGCUACAAAACCAGCUGAGAUGCGGCGGAAAGCCUCCAUCCAUAGGCCUGAACCUGAGGCAGGAGAGGAGCUGGCAGAGGACGACAGGGAUAGCGCUGGUGCCAUGCUGCAGUUUGACUAUGAGGCGGUUGCUAACAGACUCUUCAAAAUGGCCAGUCAGCAGAAUACCCCUUCCCAGAACAGAAAGCGUCUCUACAAAGUGGUCCGGAAGCUGCAGGACCUUGCUGCAGGCAUCUUCCCUGAGGAUGACGUCCCCGAGAAAGUCUACGCCUACCGGCAUGAAGGGAGGCUGGCAAGGAAGAUGAAGAAGCGUUUGCUCAAAUCCCAGUUGCAAGACAAGAAAGGGAGGACCCGAGGGAAGGGUGGAACAGAGAAGCUGAGUCCAGUGUUGAGCUCCAGAGCUGAGAGGAGGAAGAGGAAGGGCAGGAGGCCUGGCCCUGACGUGCAUCCUGAGGGGGCUGCACCCCGAGAGCAGAGCAGGGGCCGUGGCAGGCGAGGGGCUCGCGGCAGCAGGCACCGGAAGUCUGGUGUCAGAGCCAAGGUGGCUGUCGGGGCUGAGUUCCAGGAACCAAAGAAGAAAAAGAAACGGAUCCAGGACAGACAGGAGGUGGCGUAGCCAAGCAGACUGAGUACCAGAUGGCGCCUUAACUUACCAUGGGGAGAGGAAGGGUCAGGACAGAGAAGGGAUUGCACGCUCAUGGACGGCCCGUGUCCUGGAAAACCAUUUCUUCCCUGAUACAGCAGGGCCGCGGCUGUGAUGGCCUCAGCUCAGGAGCUCCAGCUCCCCAGACGUGACAGUCCCUGCCAGCCAUCAGUCCCACGGGAGGGAAUCGAUUGCGUGCCUGUGGGGUAUCCAUGAAAUAAAAUGACGUGUAGUUCUAACAGAA